GUGUGGUUUCACAGGCUUGACAGCGCUAGAGUAUGUGACAAGACUGCGUUCUGUACACUAAAUGGAACUCAAAUGAGAAUUUAGAAAAUCCCGGGUUUCAAAAUUCGACAUAAAGCCUAUAGGCUACAAACUCUUGUUUUUCUGAUACAUUGAGCCUUCCCAACAAUCAGAUUGAGUCUGCCACGAGAAGAUGAGCUAACGGCAGGAGAGGAGCGGGAGAGGAGCCUGCUGAUUGGUACGUGCGGGCGUACGUGCGUGCUUGUGUGAGACGGAGAAGCCUAGGUGGCGAAGAUGGCCCGCCCCGCCUCGUCACUGCACCCCCUGCUGUUCCUCGCCUUCGCUGCGGUUCUGUGGGGGUUCCCCUUCAGGCCCUCCCUCGACCUGGAUGUCACCCCCAGGAUUACGGUCUUCUCAAAUGGGUUGCUGGGAUGUCGGCGUUUCGGGGGGACCACUCUGAACUACAGCACCCUGCUGCUGGAGGAGGGCUCGGCCGUGCUGUACGUGGGUGCCAGGGGUGCAGUCUUCGCCUUGGACGCCAGCGACAUCGCUGCCCCCGGCAACAACCUGACCAUUGAGUGGGAGGCAUCAGCGGAGCAGAAGAGGCAAUGCUUAAACAAAGGGAAGGACAAUCAGACCCAGUGCUACAAUCACAUUCGAUUCCUCCAGAGGUACAACGAGACGCACUUGUACGUCUGCGGAACGCACGCCUUCAGACCUCUCUGUGCCUACAUAGAUGCAGAGCACUUCAGGUUCUCCUCUGCUUUUGAGGAGGGGCGGGAGAAGUGCCCCUAUGACCCUGCCAAGGGUUUCACCGGGCUGCUUGUAGAUGGUGAGAUGUACACAGCCUCGCAGUACGAGUUCCGCAGCUCCCCUGACAUUCGACGCAACUUCCCGUACCCCAUUUUGAAGACCGAGGAGGCGCCCACCCGCUGGUUGCAUGAGGCAGAUUUUGUGGGGUCGGCGCUGGUGAGAGAGAGCAUAAACAGCUCGAUUGGCGACGAUGACAAGCUCUACUUCUUCUUCACUGAGAUGAGCCAGGAGUCGACGCCAUACUUCAGCCAGACCAAGGUGGCUAGGGUGGCUCGGGUUUGCAAGAGCGACUGGGGGGGCCAGAGGACCCUCCAGCGGAAGUGGACAUCCUUCCUGAAGGCCCGGUUGGUCUGCUCCGUGCCCGACUACGACUUCCACCUGAACGUGCUGCGCAGCGUGUUCGUGGUGGAGGGCGAGAGCCAGCAGAGCACCGUCUUCUACGGCGUCUUCGGUCUGGAAUGGAAAAAUGUCAAAGCAUCCGCUGUCUGCCAGUACUCUAUUGCGGAUGUGCAGAAGGCUUUUGAGGGUUCCUAUGUGGAGAACCAGGACUCCUCUCAGAAAUGGGCUGCAUACACGGGGAAGGUGCCGGAACCCAGACCGGGCUCGUGCAUCACAAACCACUUCCGAGCCAAAGGCUUCAACUCCUCCUUCGACCUGCCCGACGACGUGCUGAACUUUGCGAGGAGGCACCCGCUGAUGUAUCAGCAGGUGCGGCCCAGGAAGGAGCGCCCCCUGCUGUUCAAGAGGAGUGUGGACUACACCAAGAUCGCCGUGCACAGGGUGGCUGCCCUGGACGGCCGGCAGUACGACGUCAUGUUCAUCGGCACAGAUGAAGGCUGGCUGCACAGAGCUGUGGAAAUCGAAGGUCAGGUACACAUCAUAGAGGAACUGCAGCUGUUUGAGGAACCGCAGCCGGUUGAUGCCAUGGUCAUCUCCCGAGUACAGAGGAGCAUCUAUGUGGGCUCUCCAUCUGGAGUUCUCCAGCUGCCCCUGUCCAGCUGUCACCGGUAUACCUCCUGUUUCAACUGCAUCUUUGCACGGGACCCCUUCUGUGCCUGGGGUGGCUCAGAGUGUGUGGAGAUUGCGUCUGUGACAGACAGAUCCAGGCUUACCCAGGACAUUGUUAAUGGAAACACAGGCUGUGAGUCUGGCACAGGAGAAGGCGCAGUAGUCCACCGCACGCGCUCAGUGAUGGAGGGGGACGACGUCCUCCUGCAGUGUGAGCUCCAGUCCAACCUGGCCUCCCCACGGUGGACGCUGGACGGCCAGGAGCUGCAGGGGUACGGGCUCAACUCGGGGUACCGCAUCGGCAACGAUGGCCUGCUCAUCAUCAGGGCCCACGCGGGACAGAGCGGUCACUACCGCUGCCUCGCAGUGGAGAACCAGGUCCAGGUGCUGGCAGGGAGCUACACCGUGAAGGUCCGGCCUGACCUGCCUCCCCCAACUCCACCUCCGGCAGCUAUACCCACCUCAACAACAAGGAGGAAGACUGUCGUCAUCCUUUCGUCGAUCACCCACCUUCCCCCCACCAGCAACCCUACCGAACAGCCACUCCCCUCCCCGCCCUCUCCCCCCGCCCCCCUGCCCCCCGGCCCCGAAUACCAGACCUUCAGGAACAUGGAGGUCAUGUACAUCUCCCUGGUGGUGAUCCUGGGCGGGCUCUGCCUGGUGCUGACAGUGGUCCUGCUCUACGUGGCCUUCUGCGCGCAGGGCAGGAGCCGGGGCAGGAAGUACUCCCUGCAGGGCCCUCGGCCCGACAGGAAGAGGAGCUCCCACAUGGAGCUGAAGACCGUCUCCAGUCACUGCAAUGGGAAGAGGGAGGGCCCAGGGGCGAGGAGCAGCGGGGAUGGAGGCGACGGCCCGGGCCUCCUGCAGAUCGUGCCGGGCGAGGGCCAGUCGUCGCCCAACAAGGAGCCUUGCCCGCCCACACCCGCCCCCCCGCUCCCCCAGCCCCCUCCCCUGCCCACCUCCGAGUACGUCAACGGGCUGUCGGCCACCCUGCCCAGCGUCUUGCGCAAAAUGAACGGGAACAGCUACGUGCUCCUGCGGCAGGCCGACCCAGAGACCACCUCCCCGCUCUACCACUCCUUCACGGAGGAGCUCAACAAGAUCCUAGAGAAGCGGAAGCACAACCAGCUGGUGACAAAGCCGGAUGAGAGCUCCGUGUAGGUGGGGAGGUCUCACUGCACGCCAAAGUGCCCGAGGGCUCGUUUAAAAAAGUCUUUACACCCGAGAGCUUCCGGAGCUUUCACAAUAUCAAACUCGACUGGUGCAGCAGCAACCCCACGGAGCAUUUUCAGUUUUACAGAAAGUGUGUGUUUAGUUUUCCUGGGGAGGAAAAGUAUUGCCUAGUCAGGAAGCUAUGACUCAAGAAUCUUUGAGAGAGAAUUUUGUUGUUGAUUAAUAAUAAACAAUAGCGAGGUCUGGGGCCAUCACCUACCUUUCACACAUUCCCUCAUUAGUACCUUCUCUCCCAUGUAAUGGUGAAAUGAAGGUGCAAAAUGUACUUUGAGGGAGACACUCACCAAGUCAGCGAGUGUACGAACAAGUGAACGAGAGACUCCACCAAUUUGUAGGUCUGCAUAUUUGCCGUAAAAACAGACAUCUACCUCAGUAGAGUAGCAAGCACUGUUGACCCUCUGUGGAUAAUUUGAUAACGAGGCAAGGUCUGACUGGAAUAGGUGGAUCAGUCGACAGCAGCGGUCUAGUGAUGAGGGAGCUGUUGAAGAUACAAACAGUGGGCAGGCAGUGACCUAUACGACAGACUCCAAACCUCACCCCCAUCCAUAGAGGAAAGGGGGUGGGGUUGAGACAGCAUGGCAUCUGGAAUUGUCUUGCUACACGAGUACACUAAUGGCUGGAGUGACACCUUUGCGAAGAAGGACAAAAUUUAACGACGGUAUAAUCCAACCCACACCCCCGGUCUUAUUUUUCUUACUGUUGUUCUCAUUGUAAAAUAUGUAAAUAUUGACAGUGAUGGAAAGGAAAAGUCAACAGCAGUCAGCCAGCCAGCGACUUACGCUGCCACAUAACUAAUCAAGAGGCAUGUGGAGAAAACAAAAUGGAUGACUGGACGUGUCAAUCUUUUAAAUCUUAUUUUAUGUGGAGCAAAGACGAUGCCAGUUGGCAUGGAUGCCAGUAUUAAUCGUUGAGAUGCACUUUUUUUUCCCUGUUUCACCGUGUCUUCCUGGGAGGUAGAGCUUUGCUUGAG